AAUAUUGAAAACCCGCAUGAAUAUUCUUUAAAUUCUCUAAUCGAUGGAAUAAGAUGUCUACAACAUGAUGAUGCUAAUAAUUAUGAAUUAAUGGGUGUCAUAAAAUCAUUAGAGCAUAAAUUGGAAUCUAUUGAAAAACAAGUUGCUGGAUUACGUUACGACCAUAGAUUAUUGUUUGAUAUACUUGACAGAAUUGAACACAAAAUUGAUACACCAAACAAUGUGAAUAGAACAACUUCGAUAUCUUAUGAAAAUCAAUCCUUGAUAAAUCAACCAUUAAUUAAAACACCUAUAAAUACCGAGGAUGAAUUAGAAGUAGUGGAAGCAAAAUUGAUUAACCAUGAACAAAACCAUGAAUUUAGGUCUCAAUUAAUUCUUGAAAUUAGAUGGUCAAUGGGAAAUGACAUAAAACAUUCAAUUAAACGGAUAUUUGAAAAAUUUUUUAAUGAUGAACUUCUAUGCAAAUAUUCAUUUCAUGGCAUUAGGAAUAAAAAAUCUUUCUCCUCAUUAAGUAUCUGUUCCACUAUUUUUGAAGCAAUCCGUAAUGAGACUAAAUUUAAGAAUAUCCAGCUUAAAGAAAUAGAAGAUUGUGUUCAAAAGUAUUUGGCUCAGCGACCAUUUGUGGUGAAAAGAAAAAAAGCGACAAUCUUAACAAAUACUGAAGCUGAUGUCGAGUAAACGAAGUGUUUAAAAAAAAAGUGUCUAAGAACAGAAAAAAAAUUUAUUUUAUAUUUUAUUUUAU